AUGGGAGAUGUGAAGCUUGUUGCUUCAACACACGUUUCCAAAACCUCCCUCAGCGUGGAUCAUUCGAGAGUCGGCCCCAUGCCCCUGACGGAGGCUCCUGCUUUCAUUUUGCCCCCACGGAAUCUCUGCAUUGGAGAAGGAGCCACCGCCAAGUUUGAAGGGAGGGUUCGAGGUUACCCAGAGCCCCAGGUGACAUGGCACAGAAAUGGGCAGCCCAUUAUCAGUGGAGGACGCUUCCUGGUGGAUUGUGGUAUACGAGGGACUUUCAGCCUUGUGAUCCAUGCUGUCCAUGAAGAAGACAAAGGGAAGUAUACCUGUGAAGCCACCAAUGGCAGUGGAGCUCGCCAGGUGACAGUGGAGUUGACAGUCGAGGGGGGAUUUAUGAAGAAGCAUGGUCAGCCUGUUGUUUCCAAAACUUUGAGGGACAGGUUUGCAGUCCCUGCAGUGGAGACCCGUCCUAGCAUCUGGGGAGAGUGCCCACCCAAGUUUGCUACCAAGCUGGGCCGAGUGGUGGUUAAAGAAGGACUGAUGGGACGAUUCUCCUGCAAGAUCACUGGCAGACCCCAACCACAAGUCACCUGGCUCAAGGGAAAUGUACCUCUGCAGCCGAGUGCCCGUAUGUGCAUGUCUGAGAAGAAUGGGGUGCAAGUUCUGGAAAUCCAUGAUGUCAGCCAAGAUGAUGUGGGAGUGUAUACAUGCAUGGUGGCAAACGGGUCAGGGAAGGCUUCCAUGUCUGCUGACCUUUCCAUCCAAGGUCUGGACAACACCAAUAGGUCAUUUGUGAGAGGUACACAGGCUGCCAAUGCAGACAUCAGGAGGGAGGUGACCAAUGGCAUCGUGAAGGAGCCAAAACUAGACAACCUGGAGACUGCAUCCGGAAGUAAGAACUGCUCCAGUGCCCAGAGAGGUGCCUCCCCAGCCUGGGCCACCUACAGCCAGCCUCAGACCCUGGGGAAAGCCAAGCUGGAGUCGUUCUGGGACUCACCCAAUAAGACUCUAAAGACCGCCGUUCUUCAGAAGACUUCCAGCACCAUCACCCUGCAGGCUACGAAAGCCCAACCUGAGCAGAGAGCACCAGCCUCAGAGGGCCUCUCACCCUCCAGAGAAGAGAGGAAGAGGCCAGCGGCACCCACUCCAGCCACCCUCCACACAAGGCCAUCUGGCCUCCAAAGCCAAGAAGUUGUGAGCAAGGUUGCUGCCAGGAAACUCCCCAUGGAGAACUGGAGGGAUUCAACUGCUCCCAAAUUUGAGAGCAAGCCCCAAAGCCAGGAAGUCAGUGAGGAUCAAACAGUCAAGUUCAGAUGUAACGUUUCAGGGGUCCCAAAGCCCAAAGUCGCCUGGUUCCUGGAAGGCGUCCCUGUGAGGAUACGAGAAGGCGCCAUUGAGGUCUAUGAAGAUGCUGACUCUCAUUAUCUCUGUCUGCUGAGUGUCCGCACAAGAGACAGUGGGAACUACAGCUGCACAGCAUCCAAUGUCCGAGGCCAGGUGUCCUGUAGCUGGACCCUCCUGGUGAAAAGGUUGACCAUGACGGGCAUGGCCCCCUCCUUCUCCAGCGUCCUGAAGGACUGCACCGUCAUUGAGGGCCAAGACUUUGUGCUGCAGUGCUCAGUGCAGGGAACCCCAGUGCCUCAGAUCACGUGGCUUCUCAAUGAGCAGCCCAUCCAGUAUGCCCACUCCACCUGCGAGGCCGGCACAGCUGAGCUCCGCAUCCAGGAUGCCCUGCCAGAGGAUGAUGGCACCUACACUUGUCUAGCGGAGAACUCCUGGGGACAAGCAUCCUGCAGCGCCCGGGUCACGGUCCACGAAAAGAAGAGUGACAGGGAGAAUGAGAACCUUCAGCCUGUGUCUCCCAGCAAGUCCGUUGCGCCCAUCUUCCUGCAGGGCCUCUCUGACCUCAAAGUCAUGGAUGGAAGCCAGGUCACCAUGACAGUCCAGGUGUCAGGGACACCGCCCCCUGAGGUCAUCUGGCUCCACAAUGGGAAGGAGAUCCAGGAGUCGGAGGACUUCCACUUUGAACAGCAGGGUGCUUGGCACAGCCUCUGUAUCCAGGAGGUAUUCCCAGAGGACACGGGCACGUACACAUGUGAGGCCUGGAACAGCGCUGGAGAGGCCCGCUCCCAGGCUGUGCUCACAGUGCAAGAACCUCACGAUGGCAUCCAGCCGUGGUUCAUCAGCAAGCCUCGCUCGGUGACAGCCACCCUAGGCCAGAGUGUCCUCAUGUCCUGCGCCAUUGCUGGUGAUCCCUUCCCCACUGUGCAUUGGCUCCGAGAUGGCAAAGUCCUCUCCAGGGACAGUGGCCACUUUGAAGUGCUACAGAAUGAGGAUGUGUUUACCCUGGUUCUAAAGAACGUGCAGCCCUGGCAUGCUGGCCAGUAUGAAAUCCUGCUCAAGAACCGAGUUGGGGAAUGCAGCUGCCAGGUGUCACUAAGGCUACAGACCAGCCCUGCCAGAGCCCCUUCUUGGGGGAAGGAGCCUGCCAGCUGUGAAGGUCUCUGUGGUGGAGUCGUCGGUGCUGAUGGUGGUGCUGAUGACCGCUAUGGGACCCUGAGGCCCGGCUGUCCAGCGAGAGGGCAGGGUUGGCCCGAGGAAGAAGACGGUGAGGACGUGCGAGGGGUGCUGAAGAGGCGCGUGGAGACACGGCAGCACACCGAAGACACAAUUCGACAGCAGGAGGCGGAGCAGCUGGACUUCCGUGACCUCCUAGGUAAGAAGGUGAGUACCAGGACUGUGUCAGAAGACGACCUGAAGGAGAUCCCGGCUGAGCAGAUGGAUUUCCGUGCCAAUCUACAGCGGCAAGUGAAGCCAAAGACUGUGUCGGAAGAAGAGAGGAAGGUGCAUAGCCCCCAGCAGGUGGACUUCCGCUCCGUCUUGGCCAAGAAGGGGACACCCAAGACCCCAUUGCCUGAGAAGGUGCCACCACCAAAAUCUGUGACGCCAGAUUUUCGUUCAGUGCUGGGCAGCAAGAAAAAAUUACCAGAAGAGAAUGGUAGCGGUGGUGCCGAAGCCUCAAACACCAAAGGAGUGGAGAGCCCCAAGCCAGUGGGCAAUGCACAGCCUUCAGAGCCCCUGAAAUCCAUGGGCAACGCCAAGCCAGCCGAGACCCUGAAACCCAUGGGCAACGCCAAGCCAGCCGAGACCCUGAAACCUGUGGGCAACGCCAAGUCAGCCGAGACCCUGAAAUCUGUGGCCAGGAAAGAAGAUCUCAAGGAGGAGAUAAAGAAUGAUGUGAUCUGUAAGAAGGGGCAUGCAGGGGCACCAGAUAAUGAAAAAAGAUCAGAGAGCCAAGGGACAGCCCCCACCUUCAAGGAGAAGCUACAAGAUGUCCAUGUGGCAGAGGGUGAAAAACUGCUACUCCAGUGCCAGGUGUCGUCUGACCCCCCAGCCACCAUCACCUGGACGCUAAAUGGAAAGACACUCAAGACCACCAGGUUCAUCAUCCUCUCCCAAGAAGGCUCGCUCUGCUCUGUCUCCAUUGAGAAGGCCCUGCCCGAGGACAGAGGCGUGUACAAGUGUGUAGCCAAGACCAGUGCCGGCCAGGCUGAGUGCUCCUGCCAAGUUACUGUGGAUGAUGCUCCCGCCAGUGAGAAUGCCAAGGCCCCAGAGAUGAAAUCCCGAAGAGCCAAGAGUUCUCUUCCCACUGUGCUCGGAACAGAGAGUGAUGCAACUGUGAAAAAGAAACCUGCCCCCAAGACACCUACGAAGGCAGCUAUGCCCCCUCAGAUCAUCCAGUUCCCAGAAGACCAAAAGGUGCGCGCUGGAGAGUCUGUGGAAUUGUUUGGCAAAGUGUCAGGCACCCAACCUAUCACCUGUACUUGGAUGAAGUUCCGAAAGAAGAUCCAGGAGAGCGAGCACAUCAAGGUGGAGAGCAGCGAGAACGGCAGCAAGCUGACCAUUCUGGCCACUCGCCAGGAGCACUGUGGCUGCUACACAUUGGUGGUGGAGAACAAGCUGGGAAGCAGGCAGGCCCAAGUCAACCUCACGGUGGUGGAUAAGCCAGACCCUCCAGCUGGCACGCCUUGCGCCUCUGAUAUCCGGAGCUCCUCGUUGACCCUGUCCUGGUAUGGCUCCUCGUAUGAUGGGGGCAGUGCUGUGCAGUCCUACAGUGUCGAGAUCUGGGACUCAGUGGACAAGAUGUGGAAGGAUCUGGCCACAUGCCGCAGCACCUCGUUUAGUGUCCAGGACCUGCUGCCUGACCGCGAGUAUAAAUUCCGUGUGCGUGCAAUCAACGUUUACGGAACCAGUGAGCCAAGCCAGGAGUCUGAACUCACAACCGUGGGAGAGAAACCCGAGGAGCCCAAGGAUGAAGUGGAGGUUUCAGAUGAUGAUGAGAAGGAGCCUGUGGUGGAUUACCGGACAGUGACAGUCAAUAUGGAACAGAAAGUGUCUGACUUCUACGACAUUGAGGAGAGACUAGGAUCUGGAAAAUUUGGACAGGUUUUUCGACUGGUAGAAAAGAAAACUGGAAAAAUCUGGGCAGGGAAAUUCUUCAAGGCAUAUUCAGCAAAAGAGAAAGAGAACAUCCGGCAGGAGAUCGGCAUCAUGAACUGCCUGCACCACCCCAAACUGGUCCAGUGUGUGGAUGCCUUCGAAGAGAAGGCCAACAUCGUCAUGGUCCUGGAGAUCGUGUCUGGGGGUGAGCUGUUUGAGCGCAUCAUUGACGAGGACUUUGAGCUGACGGAGCGAGAGUGCAUCAAAUACAUGAAGCAGAUCUCGGAGGGGGUGGAGUACAUCCACAAGCAGGGCAUCGUCCACCUGGACCUCAAGCCCGAGAAUAUCAUGUGUGUCAACAAGACAGGCACCAGGAUCAAGCUCAUCGAUUUCGGUCUGGCCAGAAGACUGGAGAAUGCUGGGUCUCUGAAGGUCCUCUUUGGCACCCCUGAGUUUGUGGCUCCUGAGGUGAUCAACUACGAGCCCAUUGGCUAUGCCACGGACAUGUGGAGCAUCGGGGUCAUUUGCUACAUCCUGGUCAGUGGACUUUCCCCCUUCAUGGGUGAUAAUGAUAAUGAAACUUUAGCCAACGUUACCUCAGCCACCUGGGACUUCGACGAUGAGGCGUUCGAUGAGAUCUCCGAUGAUGCCAAGGAUUUUAUCAGCAGUCUGCUGAAGAAAGAUAUGAAAAACCGCCUGGACUGUACCCAGUGUCUUCAGCAUCCCUGGCUAACAAAAGACACCAAGAACAUGGAAGCCAAGAAGCUUUCCAAGGACCGCAUGAAGAAGUACAUGGCCAGAAGGAAAUGGCAGAAAACGGGCAAUGCUGUGAGAGCCAUUGGAAGACUGUCCUCUAUGGCAAUGAUCUCAGGACUCAGCGGCAGGAAAUCCUCAACAGGGUCACCAACCAGUCCGCUCCAUGCAGAGAAACUAGAAUCUGAAGAAGAUGUCUCUCAAGCUUUCCUUGAGGCUGUUGCUGAGGAAAAGCCCCAUGUCAAACCCUAUUUCUCUAAGACCAUCCGUGACUUAGAAGUUGUGGAGGGAAGUGCUGCUAGAUUUGACUGCAAGAUUGAAGGAUAUCCAGACCCUGAGGUCGUCUGGUUCAAAGAUGAUCAGUCCAUCAGGGAGUCCCGCCACUUCCAGAUAGACUACGAUGAGGAUGGGAACUGCUCUCUAAUUAUUAGUGAUGUCUGUGGAGAUGACGACGCCAAGUACACCUGCAAGGCUGUCAACAGUCUUGGAGAAGCCACCUGCACAGCAGAGCUCAUUGUGGAAACCAUGGAGGAAGGCGAAGGGGAAGGCGAAGAGGAAGAGUGA